AUGGGCCUUCCAAAAACAAUGCGCGCCCUCCUCCAGCCCUCCUUCGAGGAACCCCGUCUGGUCCUCACCCAAGACUACCCGGUGCCAACCGCCACAGAAGGAACAGACGAACACCUCAUCCGCGUGCGCUGCAUUAGCCCGUGCGCCAACGAACUGAACUGGGCCAAAUUUGACCCUCGUCUCCAAGAACGUGAGCAAAUCCCCUGCUACGAUGUCGCGGGAACGGUAAUCACCGCACCGCCAUCCUCCGACUUCCCACCGGGUGCAGAAGUCUACGCACGCUCGAACUAUCUCCGCCCUGGCUGCGCACGCGACUACGCCGUUGUGUCUGGUGCGGAUCUCGCGCGAAGUCCGCAGAACCUGAGCUGGGCGGAGAGCAGCGCCAUUCCGCUGAGUGCGCAGACGGCGCUGCAGGCGCUAUUCGUGCAGUCUGGGAUUGGGGAGCUGGGAGAUGCGGCGUGGAAGGGGAAAAGGGUGCUUGUUACGGCUGCUUCUGGGGGUGUGGGGAUCUGGGUAGUGCAGUUGGCGCGGCUGGCUGGUGCGACGGUGAUUGGGACGUGUGGGCCGCGGAAUGUCGAGUUUGUGAAGUCCUUGGGAGCAAACGAGGUGAUCAACUACCGGCAGCGAGAUCUGAAGGAGUGGGGACAGAGGACGGAGAAUCAGGUUGAUCUGGUGGUUGAUUGCAUUGGCAAGAAGUCGUUGGAAGAUGCGUGGUGGUGUGUCAAAGAUGGUGGCAUUCUGAUCAGUAUCUUCCAGCCUCCUGAGCAAGUGCAGCCUGAGGAGUGUAAGAGGAAGAAUGUCCGGAAUUUGUUCUUCAUUGUGUCUGCGAAUCGAGCAGAUCUGGAAGAGGUCACGAAGCUAGUGGAGGAGGGUAAGUGUCGGGGUGUCGUGGACAGUGUAUGGCCGCUGGAGCAGUUCGAGGAGGCCUUUAAGCGACUUGAUGAUGGUCAUGCUAGGGGAAAGAUUAUCUUGGAUCUGUCCCUGAACCAGUAA